UCCCAGUGUGUGCCGGGAGCCCGGCAAGGCAGCACCGGGAGCCAGCGCCCCCGGCAGCGAGAGGGGGGCCCCCCACCCCAUGCGUGCACCCCAGAGCGGGCGCGCCUGCAAGGCAAAGCCCCGCUCCCCCCCGCCUGAAUGCAUGUAGGCGCCGGCUGCAUGGACGCUCCGGGAAGGAUGCUCGGGCUAUAGGCACCUGCCCCUGCUCGCGGCCGGGGCACCAGGCGGAGCCCCCCCCCCCCCCCCCCAUGCUGCCCCAGGCAUGAUCUCCGAACGGGGCUGGCUACGCCUCUCUCUCUCCGGCCCCAUGGACUUAGCUGCGGUCGCCGGCCGGAGCUCGUGAGUCUGGGCUGCCCGCCGAGCGGGGCCGGUCCCCGGGAACUGGAGGAUACUGCAGCAUCCUUGGGGACAUACAGCAGGCUGAGCUGGAGCCUGUGUGGGACUUAAAAAGGACUUCCAGUUGGUGGUAGCCUGAGGAACUUCCUUUCACUCCAAUGUUGCUCCAAAACUAAUUGUCGCCAGAAUUCGGAACUAUCAGGUUUGCUAAGCUUGUCUUGUGUGAUCUUCCCCAGUCCCGAGACAGAAGGACUAGACCAGACCAAUGGGAUUUCCUCCUGAGAGGAGGUCAUCAGGCCUUGUUCUUGUUUAAGGAACUUUGUUUUUCACCUGAAAGGCAUUACAUCAUCGUGACACCCAGCCCUCAGCUCGGCGGUGAGGAUACCUGAUUGUCAGCCCUGCAGAAGCAUAUGCCUCAGGAACAGUACGCACACAGGAGUGCCAUGCAGAGCUCAGAAGGCCCGCAGGUAUACAAAGUGGGGAUUUACGGCUGGAGGAAGAGAUGCCUCUAUUUCUUUGUGCUACUCCUAAUGAUUUUAAUCCUGGUGAACCUUGCCAUGACCAUCUGGAUUCUCAAGGUUAUGAAUUUCACAAUUGAUGGAAUGGGGAACCUGAGAAUCACAGAGAAAGGUCUGAAGCUAGAAGGAGAUUCAGAAUUCUUGAAACCUCUCUACGCCAAAGAAAUCCGCUCCAGACCAGGCAAUCCAUUGUACUUCCAAUCUGCCAGAAAUGUUACAGUGAACAUUCUCAAUGAGAAGACAAAAGUCCUUACUCGUCUUGUAACAGGUCCCCAAGCAGUGGAAGCACACAGCCAAAAAUUCGAGGUGAAAUCCCUCUCUGGAAAAUUACUGUUUUCUGCAGAUGACAACGAAGUGGUCGUGGGAGCAGAGAGACUGAGAGUUUUAGGAGCAGAAGGCACAGUGUUCCCUAAAUCUAUAGAAACUCCCAGUGUCAGGGCAGACCCCUUCAAGGAACUAAGACUUGAGUCACCCACACGCUCUUUGGUGAUGGAGGCUCCAAAGGGAAUUGAAAUUAACGCAGAGGCUGGCAACAUGGAAGCCACAUGCAGGACGGAGCUGAGGCUGGAAUCAAAAGAUGGAGAGAUUACGCUGAAUGCUGCAAAUAUCAAACUACCUAGAUUGCCUCUAGCAUCCCAGUCGUCUACCGGAUCCAGGCAAAAAAUCUACGAACUGUGUAUGUGUUCCAAUGGGAGGUUAUUCCUGUCUCAGGCAGGAGCUAGCUCCACCUGCCAGAUAAACACAAGCAUCUGUUCUUAAGAGACGGCUCGCAGCAGGCAUUGCAGGCAGCACAGAAUCCCUGUUCUGGUCUCACAGAUAGUAGCUGCCAACUAUUUUUGCUAGAACCCAGAAAGCCUAUCAAAGACUUUUUUGUGUGUGUGCGCGUGUGUGAAUAUAUAUAUAUAUAUAUGAAUAUAUAUAUAUAAAAAUAUAUAUAUAUCCUCUGUGUAAAAUGAUGUUUCAGUACAAUGAAUCCCAGGGUGACCCUAUUACAUUCUGUUAAAUUGGACUCACUACUCCCUGAACUCUUCUGUAUUAAUAUAGUCUAAUGGUCCUUCCUUAUUAUUCACUGUCUCCUCCUAGCAAUGGGAACAAUGUCUGAUUCAGUACACAAACUGACGUACUCCUAGCACCAUGCAAGAGGAGAACAACAACUCUGAUCAUUUUUGCACCAUUAAAAAUCAGUGGCAACAGAAUGGCCGGCAAGACAGAGCAAACGGCCUCAAGAACUCUGAGACGCUUGUCACUAAAUUACACUCUAUUUUAAAUCUAAAGCAGAGCAGGCUAAUCAGGAGACUCUACACUGUCCGCCAAGAAAACUGGGUUUGAUUCCCAGUGCUGGUCUCCCACCCCUUAGCCUUGGGAAGCAGGGAAUAUAGGCCCCAAUUCUGUUCUCAGCGGAGUAAAUGGCAAAACUCCCAUUGACUUAAGUGGUGCUGGAUCAGGCCCAGAGAAGGUAGAGAAUGGCAUGCAUCAUUCAGCUGUGAUGCAUUCAGCCAGUGAAGGGGCGAUGUUUAAUGGGCUCUGAAGGGAGCCCCUUUCAUUCCUCCUUGGCAGAUAGAGGUAUAAAAGAUCAGGGAAUUUGACAUAUAUAUGGAGGUCACUGCCUCUGGGAGAAAAUUCAAACUCAAGCUAAUUCUGUUUUCCUGGGGUUUACAAUAGUAAUCCCUAUUUGUGUAACUGAUAUUUUAUUACGUUACUUUGCAUCAACAGGAAAACUAACUGUGCAAAUGCCACAUCCUCUGUUAACAAAAAAAAGUGCUUUAUUUAAAAAAAAAAGAGAAAAAUGUUGCAAUUACAAAAAUACCAGGUCUACAUAGCCAUCAGGUGUUCGAGUUCACCCUGGAGCUUUCAAUCCUACAGUCUAGGAGUCUGGGGUAAUUCUGCUUUUAAAAUAAACCACCUGUCUCACUGUCUCUCUCUCUCUCUCUCUCUCUCUCACACACACACACACACACACACACACACACACACACGUGUCUGAGAGACAGUGAAACUCACACAAAAGAGAAGCAUUAUUCAAAUUCUCUGCAGGAAUUUUUUUUUUUUUAAACGGAGGACAGUCUGAGGUCACUCACUUUUUAUGGAGAUUGCAAAUAUCAGAGAUGCUGAUUAUGAAACAGGACUUUUAAAAAUGUUUUAUAAAGAUUAUGACGAAAUAAGGUCAUGGAAAAGUAAGGCUUUGGGCUCUGGAUCAUCUUGAACUUCAACCCAAAUAACUCAGUAUUUGAAUCUGUUUUUCAUGAGUGGAGAUUUUUCCCUCCAUGAGGCAUUUAUGGGAAAGGAAAAAUGUGAGAUCUGAUCUUGUCACACUGUUUCCAUUAUCCAAAAAUGGGAAUACCAUGGGCAGUGUGGAGAUCUCAUAGUUACUGGGUUUCAGCUCCAUCAGUGGCUCCCCCAGGCAUUUCAGAAGCCUGUGAAAAACAUACAUGGUAAUUUUUUCAAAAGUGUCUAACUCCUAUUAACUUGCAAUGAGACCUGAGUUACUAAGUUAUUUAAGUGCUUUUGAAAACUUUACCCCUAUACAAAUACUCAAACCUGUGCAUACCUCUGGUCAUAUUGAAAGUACAUUGAUUUCACUCAAACAAUUUUCACGAUUAAAUAUCACAAAAACAAAAUGUUUAGAGACAGUUUGGCCAAUUUCUACAUGAAUCACUUGUAUUUUCUUGGGGCUCGAGAGUGCUAGGUUUCUGGGUUUUUUAAAUGUGCAUAUAGGGCAUAAUCCAAAGCCAGUUGAAGUCAAUGGAAAGACUCUCACUGACUUUUAUGGAACUUGGAUCAGGCUGUUAGAAAAAAACCCUAUCCUUCUGGUUGUUUUGCUCGCUAACAAAGCACACUUGAGGACAUCCAUAAAAUUUUACACUUGACAGAGAUUGAAAAUGAUUAGUUCUACAAUUUUCUUAGUGAUGUGGUUACGUUAAUUAUCAAGUUCAAACUAUUUGUUAAUUAAUGCAAAGGGUCACCCAGGAUAACAAUUGUAUUGGGACAUAGGACUAUACCAUCUCUGUUCAAAGAGGGAAAUUGUGCCUAUGCUUUAAGUCAAUGCACUCAGCAAGGAGAAGCACAUCAUAUUUAUCUUGUUAUUAAAAUUACUUUAUUUUAUGGGGGGACAGUUGGAAGGGAGGGAGGCUGCUGUCAACAGAUGUCAUGGGAGCCGAUGGUGCAACAUGGAGCAGACUUAAGUGAAAUCCAUAAAGGCUGUGAGGGCUGCUGGAGUGAGUAUAGACUUUUACCAUAUUAAAUAUAACAAAAGACAAUGCUGACCAUUGGGACCAUAGCUGAAGUCCCACUCAUAGCCCCAUGUGGAAUACAUUUACUGUAGUAUUUUUUUCUCAUUUCAUUUUGUAUUGGAUAGCAAUUCACAUCAUAUGCAAGGGCCGAUUCAUAAAAAAAAUAUUUUUCAAAGGUGCACAAGGUUAUAUUGAAGUUUGCGCUGAGGUAAAAUCUUUUACUGGCCCAACUUCUGUUGAUGAAAGAGACACGCUUUCAAGCUACACAGAGAUCUUCUCACUAAUUUCAAAGAUUUCCACUCAGCAACGCACACAUCACGGUAUAACUGGCCAGAAUGCCCGGGUUGCUGCUCUGUUCUCUCAAGUCAUAUAAUAAUAAGAGUGUAUUGUGCAAAGAUCUGCUUUUAUUUCACUUUUCUCCCCCAAUGACUGAUUCUCGUGCUGGUGAAAGAUGCUGGGUAGAGCACCAGAACUGGCACGGGAAAGGCUGGGGUAGUGUGUAGUUUCCUGUACUGCAUUGCCAAUAUUCCUCAACCUGGCCUAGCAGGUCCCACCCCUGUGUUGAAGGGAAGCUCAGUCUUUACCUUCAUUCAGUCUUUACCCUCCCUGCUUUAUAGUUUAGUGCCAUGUGUAAUGAUAGUUGUAGUGAUGUAGAUGCUUAUCUACGGAAGCUGAACUGAGAUCAUCAUGCUCAUUUCACAAAGGCCAUGAGAGAGCCUUGAGGCCAUUCUGUCAUUUACCAGUCUGGGCUGGAUUUGAACUGGUGACUGAAGUACCUGUCCCUAUCACCAUGAUAGCUUGCUGUUAGUGUAGGUCCUCUUCGUCAGGUAAAAAGAGUACCAUAGUUUUGCAUAAAUGAGGAGAGCCCAACUUUGUAUGAGUACAUAGAAAAGAGUGAGUUUCUAGCUUUUAAAAUGUUAAAUUACGUGCUGUUAAAGAAAAAAAAAUCUCUUUGCUCUAUUGGGUGAAAUUCACCCCUGUGCAGACUUACGCACCUCUUAACUUCCACUUAAAUCCUCACAUUGGGGCUUAAAUGGUCUCCUAGACCUUGUGUUGUCCCCCUGCAUGGUAGUCAGUUCCAUCCAGUUAGAGAAAAGUUCUUCACUAAACAGAGAGUGUAAGUUCCUGCAGCUUCUGAGGAGCAAUCGCUUUGCUUGGCAAAGAUUGAGGUACGGUUUCAUAGAGUCAUAGAUUCUAGGACUGGAAGGGACCUCAGGAAGUCAUCGAGUCCAAUCCCCUGCCCUCAUGGC